AUGGAGCCCCCCUCAGCCUCUCCCCACAGAGGACAUGUCUCCUGGCAGGGGCUUCUGCUGGCAGUCUCACCUUUAACCUUCUGGAACCUGCCCACCACUGCCCAACUUGCUAUUGAAUCUGUGCCCUUCACUGCUGCCGAAGGGACCRAUGUUCUUCUACUUGCCCACAAUGUGUCAGAGAACGUCAAAGGCUACACCUGGUACAAAGGGGAAAGGGGCAUUGACAGCCAUCAAAUCGCGAUAUACCUAACAGCCACUCGAGGAAUCAUCCCAGGGCCUGCCUACAGUGGUCGAGAGACGGUAUACCCCAAUGGAUCCCUGCUGUUCCAGAAGGUCACCUUGGAGGACACGGGAUUCUACACGCUGCAAACCCUAAGUAGCGAUCUUCAGGCUGAAGAAGCAUCUGGACACAUCUGUGUAUAUCAGUCUGUGACACAGCCUUCCAUCCUGGCCAGCAAUGUCAGCAUCACAGAAGAGGGCCCUGUGGCCAUGACCCGCCUCUCAGGUGGCCCUGGAAUCUCCAUCACGUGGAUCCUCAACAGCCAGACUCUGCAGCUCACAGACAGGAUGCAGCUGUCCCCGGACCACAGGACCCUCCGCACAGACCCCGUCAGACAGGAGGAUGCCGGGGAGUAUCAGUGUGAGGCCUYCAACCCCGCCACUUCCACCAGGAGCGGCCCUCUUAAACUAGCUUUAUCCCCUGCUAUGAAUUAA